GAGAGAGGGAGAUCAAGGGAGAAAGAAGGGGCGAGCGGGGUGGAGGUAAACGGAGCCAAGCAGCAGUCUCAUUCUUCCCGUGUGAGAUCACGGAGCGGGGCAGAAUGUGUCGGGAUCCGCUCGAGUCCUGAAAACAAGACCGAACAAGACAGAAGGGAGAGACACAGAGGAGGGGAGAAAAAGAAGAGAGGACGGAAGGACAUAGGAAGGAAUUAAGGAAGGAAAGAGGGCGGAGGAGGAGACCAGGAGGAGUUUUUCUGGGGAUCUUUUGGGAUCUACUCUCUGGCAAAAAAAAAAAAAAAAAAAGGAUUGAGUUGGCAAAGUGUCUCACAGGGGCUGAGCUACAGCCCUGCCCCCCCGGAGUUACCACAGCCGCCUCACUGCAGCAGGGACAAAAUGAACUAUCUGAACGUGCUGGCCAAGGCGCUGUACGAUAAUGUGGCGGAGUCUCCGGACGAGCUGUCCUUCCGUAAAGGCGACAUCAUGACGGUGUUGGAGCGCGACACGCAGGGCCUGGAUGGCUGGUGGCUCUGCUCCCUCCACGGUCGCCAAGGCAUCGUCCCCGGCAACCGCCUCAAGAUACUGGUCGGCAUGUACGACAGCAAGCAGCAGCAACAGGCCGGGCCUUCCACGCCGGAGUCGGCUGCUUCCUGUCCCUCCUCCCAGGCGCAGCGGCCCCUCCCCCCUCUGAGCGCCUACUCCAAACCGACACCGUCUUCGGGGUCCGCCGCCAUCGCUACUUCCUCCUCUGGGUAUCCCAUCAAGCCCCUCCACUCGACACAGUACACGUCUAUGCAUCCGGCCUACUCCAGCCCCGCCCAGCCAAACCCUGAGUCCAUCUACAUGAUGCCCCCCUCCCACGGACCCAAACCAAGUCCACAAAGUCUCUACCAGAUCCCUUCCGGCCCAGGCGGACUCCCUCCAGGACCCCCCAGCAAGGCCCCUCUUCUAGCCCAGAGACAAUACCAGCUCCCUGGGCAGGACAUCUACCAGGUGCCCCCCUCUGUUGGCCCAGUGCCAGGCCAGGGAGUGGCCCAAACCGGAGGGACCGGAGUUGGGCAGGAUGUGUACCAGGUGCCCCCCUCUCUCGAUAAGAGGAACUGGGAGAGCGGCAACAAGCCACUGGGCAAGGUGGUGGUCCCUACUCGGGUCGGACAGGUGUAUGUGUACGACACAGUCAAACCGGAUCAAGACGAAUACGACAUCCCACCCAGACACCAGCCUCCGACCCAGCAUGACAUCUAUGAUGUACCGCCCACCCGCCAGCAGUACAACACACAGGUGUAUGACACUCCUCCCAUGGUGAUGAAGGGGCCCUCUAGUGGUCAGGAUAUAUAUGACACUCCAGCGAGCUCGGACAAGAACACACAGCAGAUGGUCUAUGACUUCCCCCCAUCCGUCAGCAAAGACGUCCCGGACUCUCAGCCAAUCAGAGAGGAGACCUACGACGUGCCGCCCCACUUUGCCAAACUCAAGCCGGUCCCCGCCCUCCCGGGUCAUUACUCCCAUAGCAACGAGGACGACGACGAGCCGCCGAUACCUGAGGACGUGUACGACGUCCCGCCCCCCAUCCUGACCGACAAGCGUUACCGCGGUGACAGGGGCGGAGUCGGCCAGCCCCCACAGGAGAUCUACGACAUCCCCGCCAGCCUACGGACUGGAGGCCACGCCGCCCAGGACGUCUACGACUUCCCCCGGGAGCGAGAGGAGAAAGGAGAGAGGGGAGACCACAAUAUCUACGAUGUCCCACCACAGGUUGUGCGUGACGCCCAGUCCACCAGUGAGGAGAUCGCCUUGUCCUUCAAGCGGCUGUCCGCCUCCAGCACAGGAAGCACACGGAGCAACCACUCCGCUUCAUCCUUGGACAUGGUCCCCGUCCGCGACACCUCCUCACUUCCUGCCUCUGGCUCCGUUUCUGGGAAACCCCUCAUCUUAGACCUGGAGCAGGCCAUGGAGCGUCUGUCCCGCCUCCAGCAGGCUGUCGAGUCCAGCGUUUCCCUCAUGAUGUCCUUCAUCACGGGUAACUGGAGAAGCCCCGCCCACCUAGAAGGGAACCUCCCUGCCAUACAUCAAGCCGCUGACCGGGUACGCUCCACCGUGCGGGACUUCCUGGAAUUUGCCCGGGGCGCCGUGGCAAACUCCGGCCAGGCCACGGACCGAUCCUUGCAGACCAAGCUGGGCCGUCAGGUGGGGAAGAUGGAGGAGGUCUUCCAGAGUUUGAUCCGACACAGUCAGAGCUUGGACACCGUCUCCUGGUCGCACACCGCGCUCGCGGCACCGCCGCCGGGAGGGGACGACCUGGAUCGGCUAAUCAUGACGGCGCGAGGCAUCCCCGACGACGCCAAGCAGCUCGCCUCCUUCCUCCAUGGCAACGCCUCGCUGCUCUUCAAACGGACCACCCGGCAGCAGCAGCAGCUGCCUCUUCCUCCAAUCCCGGGAGAUAUGGGCGGUCACAUGACGGGAUCAGGAAGUGGGAGCUAUCAGGGAGGGGAGAGGGUGCACAUUCAGUCACGGCCCCUCCCCUCUCCACCAAAGUUUACAGCUGCAGAGGAAGAGGAAGGUUCGGACAGGCCGUAUGAGACCACAGAGGAAGGCUGGAUGGAGGACUACGACUACGUACAUUUACAGGGAAAAGAAGAGUUUGAGAAGAACCAAAGACAGCUGCUGGAGAAAGGCAACAUCAUCAGACACAAGACACAACUGGAGCAGCAGCAGAUUAAACAGUUUGAGCGGCUCGAGCAGGAAGUCAGCCGGCCGAUCAACAACGACAUGACGGGCUGGGUCCCGUCCCCUCACCACCCUCCGGCCAACCAGCAGGGCCAGAACGGCUCCGGGGGCCCCCCCUGCUCCAAGCUGUGCCACGGCGACCGGCAGCUCCUCCUCUUUUACCAGGAGCAGUGCGAGCAGAACGUCACCGCGGUGACCAACGCCAUCGACGCCUUCUUCACCGCCAUCAACUCCAACCAGCCGCCCAAGAUCUUCGUGGCGCACAGCAAGUUCGUCAUCCUCAGCGCACACAAGCUGGUGUUCAUCGGCGACACGCUGUCGCGCCAAGCCAAGUCGCCCGACGUGAGGACGCACGUGGCCCAGAGCAGCAACGCCCUCUGUGAAAAACUCAAGGACAUCGUGGUCAGCACGAAGACGGCGGCGCUCCAGUAUCCCUCCCCGGAGCGGCCAGGGAGAUGACUGAGAGGGUGAGGGAGCUGGCAGGGUGCACGCAGCAGUUCAGGAUGGUGCUGGGACAGCUGCUGGUCAUGUAGUAGGGGGAGGGGGC